UAGGUGGACCUGCUGAAAUUUUUAUUAAAUGUUGUCUUUGCGACAUAGAUGGGUUUGCAGACUGGGUGCUGUUUCUCAGGCAUUUGAGAACAAGCCAUGCCGCGGACCAAUGGGAGGGACAACACGCACCGAACUUGAAUUUGGAAAUCCAGGCCGAAGUUGAGCUGGAGCUGCAAAAUCUAAAAAAAAUUAACAGCGAAUAUGAGGGUUCAGAUGUGGAGGCCGAAACAGAUAACUCUAAUUUGGAUGAAGUAGACUUAAAUAUGCAGCUAGGAGCGGAAGUUGAGGACGUGCUGACUUUCAAGGAACCGGCUCAGAACACCAAUCGGCCAUUCUAUAGCAUGCAGCAUACUCGCCCAGAGCUUCUGCUUGACUUUAUUGAUCAAAUGCAUCAACAUGAAUAUCUAUGGCGAAAGGACCACAGAAACGAAGACUUCAAGGAAGAGCGCAUGAAAAGUGCCCAGGAAAUAAGUCAAAGGCUGGCAGAACGUUUCAAUGUGGCACUCAGUCCACGAGUGGUCUGUCGCAGUGUCUGUGCGCUUAUUAAAUGGUUUCAGAAGCAGCAUGCAAUGUGUAAAGCAAAUUCCAGAUUUCGCUGCCGCUAUCAAUCUUACUACGAGAAAUUGUUGGAGUUCCUUCCCACUCAGGAUAUUCAAAUGUUAAACUGCGAUGAGUGCGAGCGAUGUUUUUACAAUGAAGAACACCUGCGAAGGCACAAAUAUCGUGCACACAGCGGCAGCUAUCCGUAUGUCUGUGAUGUGUGUCAUAUGGGCUUCUCCCAUGCCAGUAAAUUCCGCUUACACAGGAUUCGUUACCAUGAAGAUAAGUCGAACCGUUGGCAGUGUACUUUUUGCAGCUAUUGCGCCCCAAACAAGUGGGAUUUGCGCGCACACUUGCCGACGCACAGUGGAGAGCGCAAAUAUACAUGUGAAUUAUGUGGGGUUUCAACCAAGUCCAGCUCUUCUUUGGCUGUGCAUCGACGCACACAUUUGGCGCCCGCGGUGAAUUGUCCGUAUUGUCCAAAGAAAUAUCGUGAAAACCAUUUGCUUAAGUGUCAUAUUAAAAAAAUGCAUGCCGUGGAGCUUGAACACGAGCUUGAUUAACACUCAUUGCUGCAGAAUUAGCAUU